AUGGCUACGUAUACUCCAAAGAAUAUCCUCAUCACUGGAGCUGCUGGGUUUAUAGCAUCCCAUGUUUGCAAUCGGCUUAUCCGUAACUACCCUGAUUAUAAAAUAGUUGUGCUUGACAAGCUUGACUAUUGUUCAAAUCUGAAAAACCUCCUCCCUUCUAAGUCAUCCCCUAACUUUAAGUUUGUCAAGGGUGAUGUUGGAAGUGCUGAUCUCGUUAACUUCCUUCUGAUCACUGAGUCGAUUGACACAAUUAUGCACUUUGCGGCCCAGACCCAUGUGGACAACUCUUUUGGUAACAGUUUUGAGUUUACUAAGAACAAUAUUUAUGGAACUCAUGUCCUUUUAGAAGCUUGCAAAGUCACUGGCCAGAUCAGGAGGUUCAUCCAUGUGAGCACUGAUGAAGUAUAUGGGGAGACUGAUGAAGAUGCUGUUGUAGGAAAUCAUGAGGCCUCUCAACUUCUCCCAACCAACCCCUACUCUGCAACAAAAGCUGGAGCAGAAAUGCUUGUUAUGGCAUAUGGUAGGUCAUAUGGACUGCCUGUGAUAACUACUCGUGGUAACAAUGUCUAUGGUCCCAAUCAGUUCCCUGAAAAAUUAAUUCCAAAGUUUAUACUCUUAGCUAUGCAAGGGAAGCAUCUUCCCAUCCAUGGGGAUGGUUGUAAUGUGAGAAGUUACUUGUAUUGUGAGGAUGUUGCUGAGGCUUUUGAAGUCAUUCUUCACAAGGGAGAGGUUGGCCAUGUGUACAAUAUUGGGACAAAGAAGGAAAGGAGAGUGAUUGAUGUAGCGAAAGAUAUUUGCCACCUUUUCUCAAGGGACCCUGAUACAAGCAUCAAGUUUGUGGACAACAGACCGUUUAACGACCAGAGGUACUUUUUGGAUGAUCAGAAGCUGAAGGUUUUGGGAUGGUCAGAGCAAACUACAUGGGAGGAGGGGUUGAGGAAAACGAUGGAGUGGUACACUCAAAAUCCUGAUUGGUGGGGUGAUGUCUCUGGAGCCCUGCUUCCUCAUCCAAGGAUGCUCAUGAUGCCUGGUGGGAGACACUUUGAUGGGUCCGAAGAGAACAAAGAUGCAUCUUAUGUCUCGAAUAAUUCAAAUCAGACCCGAAUGGUGAUUCCAGUUUCGAAAGGAGGCAGUGGUGGCUCUCCACGAAAACCUUCUCUUAAGUUCCUGAUCUAUGGCAGGACUGGUUGGAUUGGGGGUCUGCUAGCGAAGUUAUGUGAGAAGCAAGGAAUUUCCUAUGAAUAUGGAAAGGGGCGCUUGGAAGAUCGAUCCUCACUUUUGUCAGAUAUCCAGAACAUUAGACCUACCCAUGUUUUUAAUGCUGCUGGGGUCACUGGAAGACCCAAUGUUGAUUGGUGUGAAUCCCAUAAGGCAGAAACCAUUCGCACCAAUGUUUCUGGGACUCUAACAUUAGCAGAUGUUUGCAGAGAGCACAACCUCCUGAUGGUGAAUUUUGCAACAGGCUGCAUAUUUGAGUAUGAUGCUGGUCAUCCAGAGGGUUCUGGCAUUGGUUUCACAGAGGAAGACAAGCCCAAUUUCACUGGUUCUUUCUAUUCAAAGACUAAGGCCAUGGUUGAAGAGCUUUUGAAAGAAUUUGACAAUGUGUGCACCCUCAGAGUUAGAAUGCCAAUUUCAUCUGACCUAAACAACCCACGCAACUUUAUUACUAAGAUUUCUCGCUAUAAUAAAGUGGUGAACAUUCCAAACAGCAUGACCAUCUUGGAUGAACUUCUACCUAUUUCGAUUGAGAUGGCAAAGAGGAACUUGAGGGGUAUAUGGAAUUUCACAAACCCUGGUGCUGUGAGCCAUAAUGAGAUUUUGGAGAUGUACAAGAACUACAUUAACCCAGACUUCACAUGGGUUAACUUCAACCUAGAGGAGCAAGCCAAGGUGAUAGUUGCCCCCCGGAGCAACAAUGAGAUGGAUGCAUCCAAGCUGAAGAACGAGUUCCCUGAGUUGCUGCCAAUCAAAGAGUCCCUAAUCAAGUAUGUCUUUGAACCCAACAAGAGAACCUAA